AUAAAUCUAUAUUUAAACUUCAUAAAACUAAAAUAAAUACUAAUAAUAAUUAUAAUAAGACAUUCGAAACAGAAAAUUGUAUUAUAAAUUUACGUCAACAACAACAACAACAGCAACAACAUAAACAGCAGCUGCUAAUAACAAGUUUCAAAACGUUUACAUUUAAAUUUAAUAAUGUAUUAAACUUUUUAACAAAAUUCAACUAUUAUUGUAGCCCACAAACAACAAAACUAGAGAAAUAUGUUAAAAUAUUAUUAAAGUAUAUAUUACAUAAUAAGAUAUUAAAACAUUUUGUAGGAAUUUGCCCUAAAAGACUGAUAUCAUUAAAAAGAUUAAAACAAAUUCCUGAAAAUCAUGCCAAAAUAGAAAAUGAUAAUGACGAUGGUGAUGGUGAUGGUGAUGAUGAUGAUGAUGAAACAUUAAUAAAACCAAGUUCAAAAAAUUAUGUAAAACCAGAACGACCAUUAAGAAAAGUUAUUAAAUUACAAGGAUUAAAGAGUAGGAGUAAGUUAGUAAGAAAUGAGUGUAAGGGGAAUUUUGCUAAAAGUAUUCAUUCUAAAAGAGAAAAUGUACUGUUGCAGUAUUGCCAACUUAUUGCUAAAGACACAAAUAAUAAAAUGAAUUGCCAACUUAGGCUAUGCAAAGAAACGCACACAUGUUUGAUUAUACAAAAACUUAAAACUUCUCAAAAUCUUUCUCGAAAGGAGAGACCAAUUAGUAAAAAUCAGCAUCGAAAUCUCAAGCCAAAGUUUAGUCCAUUAAAAUAUGAAAUUGAGGCUCAGCAACAGCAAAUCAUGAAGAAAUUAGUUCCGCAUAUUUGGAGUAUUGAACAUAUUAAAGAAGUAACCGAACUCUUAAGUAAAACCUCACAUUCGCUCAAAGAUCGAGAAUAUUCUCCUAAACAUCCUGAGGAACUAAAAGAUCCUCAAAUAGUUUUACAAACAUACCAAACGAAAGAUUAUAAAAUGGGAUCGGUUCCGCUAACUUCCCAAACAACUGAAUAUCAAAUGGAAUUACAUCGGGAGAGUUGGAAUAACAAACUGACUAAUGAAUUACGGGGACUCCAUAAAGUGCUGAGAGAACCCUCAAUGAAAAAUAUAAAUAAAACAGAUUUACCAGAAAAUAUGGAAAAUUCUAAAGGAAUGAGUUACCAACCAGACAAAAAUACGAACUAUUCAAAAAUCCAGAACCCGCAAACAGUUUUUCAACUUAAUUCCUUUAAAAAUGGUGACCUACUAAAAACAACUAAACACAAAGGCUUCAAACAAAAAUUGGCAGAUAAUACCAAUUUUGCUAAACAAAUUCUUUCGAACAACAAUAAUUUCCAUAAAAAUUCCAGACAUAAAGAAAGUAAACAACAAAAAUUUCUACAGAAAUGCCAACAUUUCCUAUCUACCAUUUUACUCUAUUAUUGUUGUAGUUGUUAUUGCAUUUGGCAUAUUUACGGAUUUCCGUUAGUGUUAGUAAAAAUUUUCAAAUAUCUUAAAGAUUCAACAGUGCAUGUGUUAACGCGACGACGACUUAAAAUAGCAACAUUAGCAUCAAGUAUAACAACAUCAGCAGCAACAACAACAACAUCAAUAGUAUAUAACGAUAGUAACUUUAUUGCAGCAUGUGUUGGAAAAUUGAAAAAACCGACAAAAAUGGCAGGCUAUAAGAGCAACAACCAACAAAAUGUUUUGAAAAGGCAGACAACACAUAAAACAACAGUAGCAAGAACAAUAACAACAACAGCAUUAAGGAAAGCAAAAACAUUUGUUGGUACUUGUGCACAUUCAUCGUCUUCAUGUUCAACAACAUCGUUAACAGGCUCUUCAGCAUAUAGCUCGUCUCCAGAGAAUUUAAUAUUACAACAAGAGCAACAACAAUCCCAGCAAACAUGGACGCCAUAUUGCUAUUAUCAACAGCAACCUCAUCUUCAUCAACGACAUCAUCAUCAUCAACAACAACAAGAACAAGAACUACUACCAAAGCAGCAAAAGCAGCAGCAACUCUUACGUUGUUAUCAGCCAACACUGCCUCACUCACAGCCACAUUACAAUACAUCUACUAACAGUUUUCUACACUUACCACAGCCCUCGUUGUUGGCAUUUUCACGCACAUUGAUUAUACUGAUACUGUUGUCAUCAUUGUGGCACACAUCGGAAGGUUUUCAUGGCAGUGGUGUAAAAUUGAGCACAAAUACGGUUAAAACGAAGUAUGGUCUGGUGCGUGGCAUUGUUGUACGUUCAUCGCCAUCAUUAGUGGAAGCUUAUCUGGGCAUACCUUAUGCAUCGCCACCUGUCGGAAGUUUAAGAUUUAUGCCUCCCAUCACACCCUCAACGUGGAAAAAUGUACGUAAUGCUGAUCGCUUUUCCCCAGUAUGCCCGCAAAAUGUACCCAUACCACCAAAUGGUCCUGAAGCAUUGUUGGAAGUACCCAGGGCUCGUUUGGCCCAACUUAGACGUUUACUGCCGCUCUUAAGUAAUCAAUCGGAGGAUUGUUUGUAUUUAAACAUUUAUGUACCCUAUGAACAUCGAAGACAUAGACGUUUUACCACCAACAGUGGCGAGUUAAAUGACACACCAAAAUUACCCAUAAUACUAUUCAUACAUGGCGAAUCGUAUGAAUGGAAUUCCGGUAAUCCAUAUGAUGGUUCAGAAUUGGCUGCGCAUGGCAAUGUUAUCGUAGUCACCAUAAAUUUUCGUUUGGGCAUAUUUGGUUUUCUAAAAACCGGUGGCAAAGAAAGUGCACAGGGUAAUUUUGGUUUAAUGGAUUUAGUGGCGGGUUUACAUUGGCUUAGAGAAAAUUUACCCGCAUUUGGGGGAGAUCCUCAGGCAAUAACAUUACUGGGACAUGGUACGGGAGCAGCACUAGCUAAUAUAUUAGUAGUGUCGCCGGUAUCGAGUGAUCUAAUACAACACACCGUUUUAGUAAGCGGUUCGGCGUUAUCACCCUGGGCCAUACAGAAGAAUCCUUUGUUCGUUAAACGUCGAGUGGCCGAACAGACUGGCUGUCAUGGCGAUAUGUUAUAUUAUGAUUUGGCACCAUGUUUGCGCACUAAAACGGUGGCCGAACUCUUAGCCGUUAAAAUCGAUCAUCCACGAUUUUUGGUCGGCUUUGCUCCAUUCAUCGAUGGUACUGUCAUAUCACCCAAUACAGAUUCUAUUGGUAAAUUAUCACUGCCUUUGGGUUCAGCUAUUGUUAGUACAUCAGGAAUUGAAUAUGCAAAUUUUCCUAAACGUAAUCUUAUAUUUUGUCUUACAUCGGUGGAAUCACAUUUAGACUUGAGCGCCCAAGACUUGGAAUUUGGUUUCAAUGAAACUAGACGUGAUCGUAUUUUAAGAACUUAUGUACGUAAUAAUUUUCACUAUCAUCUAAAUGAAAUAUUUGCGGUACUAAAGAAUGAAUAUACCGAUUGGGAUAAGGCCAUACGUAGUCCCUUAAGUUCGCGCGAUGCCACAUUGCAAUUUUUAAGUGAUGGUCAUACGGCUUCCUCCCUAAUCAAAUUGGGUUAUAUGCAUAGUUUAAGAGGGGGCCGGGGUUACUUUCUACAUUUCAAACAUCGCACCGUAGAAGAGGAAUAUCCACAGCGAACUGGCUCAGUGCGAGGUGAGGAUGUGCCAUUUUGGUUGGGUUUACCUAUUUCACCCUUAUUUCCGCAUAAUUAUACAACUCAGGAGAAACAAAUCAGUCGUUUAAUGUUAAGAUAUCUGGCUAAUUUUGCCAAAACGGGUAAUCCAAAUCAAUCAUCUCUAUCAACAUCUGGCCAACCUUCUUCGUCUUCCUUAAUUGGUUCACCAUCCUCGGCCUCGUCUUCACCCUCUUCAGCGUCCUCAUCUAGAAGUCAAACUGCCGAUGAUGCUCAUGAAAAAGUAAAAAGGUCAUCAUUUAAUAUUGUAAAUGCUACUACAUCGUCGUCGUCAUCUUCAUCAGCAUCACAAUCCAGUGGUCCAAUUAAAAGUAAUGCCAUUGUAGUUGACGUUGAAACUGCCGCCGCUAGGGAGGCUUUGAACUUGGCUGUGCUCUAUAAUCAACGUCGUACCAAACGCACUUAUUAUAAACGUCACUCUCGUAGUAAUGAUGAUCAUAGCGGUAGUGCUUCCAGUGAAGUGAACUAUUUUUUAAGUCUCAACAACAACAAUAAUAAUAAUAAUAAAUUAGAUGGCGAUGAGCUGCCAUUUUGGGAUGCUUAUGACGUUGUGAACCAAUUGUAUAUGGAAUUGGGUAAUAAAGCCGAAAUCCAAAGUCAUUACAGAGGUCACAAAUUAUCCAUGUGGUUGAAUCUUAUACCACAACUGCAUAGGCAUGCCAACAUGAAUGAUCAGUCCAUGAGACAUCAUCAGUUUCAGGAUGAUUUAAAUAAUUUGAAUUUAUAUGAAGGAAUUGUUAGAGCUCAAAUACAGACCAAGCCGGAUGAUGACGAUGAAACAAUAUUGCUGCCAAAGGGAAGACCAACACCGCCGCCAGUUGCACAAGAAACUAAUACCACACAAAAACCCAAUGGAGGCACUACAGAAUGUGGAGUUGAUGGUGCCAUGUUUGUGGCCGAAAUGACUACAAUACCACCUUCCGACAAUCGCUCUUUGGUUUUGGAUAGUCGUGAAAAAGAAAUGGCAACUGCUUCCACCGGUCUCAUAGGUAAUCUAGAAGUCUUAAGACGUUUAAGUGGUAAACAAUUUCAAAGUUAUACUACUGCUCUAGUAGCCACCGUGGCUGUGGGUUGUUUUCUGCUCAUACUCAACAUCUUGAUCUUUGCUGGCAUCUAUCAUCAGCGUGAAAAACGUGCUCGAGAUGCUAAAACUAAGGAGGAAUUACAGGAUAAUGAUACGAGUAAAAAUUCCAGUAUGUUGAAAUUGAAUGCCCUGGGUAGUGAGACGGGUUCGUUUAAUGGUAGUGGUGCUGGUGUUAGUGGAAAAACAACGGUAGUGUUUGGCGAAUAUAGCUGUUAUGAUGAAAAGUCUUUGCAGACUAAAGACGAAAAACUCAUGGUAGAAUUACCACCGCCUCAAAUGAUAGAUCCGAAUUGGCCUGCUUGUUCUACCAGCACCUUAGAUUUAUUGAAAACUAAACAUCAUACACCCCUUGAUACCACCUACACCCUUAGUAAUGUAGUGCCCAUUAAUACAGAAUCACAAACAGAUCACUUAAUGGCAGUCAAUGCCAUGGAAAUGUCCACCUAUAAUCCUUUGCCUAUGACUUCGGGUUUGAUAAUAGAUCCUACUCUAGCUACUGCUAAUGCUACAUCGUCAUCGGGUUUACUAAGCAAACGUGGUUCAUUUGUGGGUUCAGCGAGUCAAUUGAAUCAAUAUGAUUUCGCUUCGGUACAGUCUUCAGAUCAAAUGUCCUUUAAGGAUAUAGAAAAUGCUGUUAAGGCCUCGGCUACAAUGGAUGAUGAUAUAACACAUGAUGAUGAUAUACCAGAGCCACCACCACCGCCAAGAUCAUUUCAUAAUAUGCAACAACAACAGCAGCAGCAACAACAACAACAGGGAGGAACAAAUGUGCCAGCAGCGGCUAGUGGGAGUGGUGGCGGUGGAGGUAUAUUAAGACAAGCCGGUACCACAUCGUCCACUCAGACGGGAGGAGGUAAAAAACGUGUACAUAUACAAGAAAUAUCUGUCUAAAUUUAGUAAAAUGAAAACUAAGUUAAUAAUUUGUUUAUUUUGUUUUUAAUUGCAUAUUUAUUGGAAGAGUAAGAUUAGAGAGUAAUUUUCUCGAAAAAUUCCUAUAUAAGGGUAUUUUUCUCGAACAUUUUCUAUAAUAUGGAAUUUUUUUUAGAAAAUGUUCUAUAAAAAAAAUGUUCUAUAUAAAAUUUAAAAAAAGAGAAUUUUUUUAGAAAUUAAAAAAAGAGA